CCUUCUCGCCCAGCAUACCUCCGUGUGAAACUUUCUGUUUUCUAAACCGCAAAACUUCAUGUUCGCCGCCUCUAUGUCACCUGGCUUCAAUCUGGCCCGCCAUCCGGUAAAACGUCAACGCAUGUCUGCAUGUGCUCCGCAGAGCAACUUCAGGGCGAAUCCCUGGGGCACGGCACGUCAAGAAGUCCUUCUGUUAGGCUUUAUGAUCUUAUGAUUUUUUCGUAGUUGCCCCUACAUGGUCAAUCCGUCAGUGUCAUUAUAGCUGGUCCCUCAGUUGUUGCGCAGCUGGUCCCCGGUCACGCGCAGCUUCCGUCCCUGCACGCUUCGCAUCACCAGCAGGAAGACUGUGCAGCCGUGUUCCUUUCUGAGACGUAUUUCGGCCCUUGGAUCAUCUGGAGGAUGCUGCAUUCGUUUUUUUACUGUGGGUUGUAACCAGGGAAGAAAAUGGCAGUAGUGGAACGCGGGUUGCUUCCACGAAUUGUCCACCGCCUGCAGCGGCCGAAGCCAGCAGGUCUGUCGAUGGAGACACCUGCUAGAGCGCUUUCGUAUUCAAGGCCUUGGGUUUCGCCCGUGUCUUUCCUUUCUGCAUCUACUUCUAGCUGCAACCUUCCUCCGCAGAAGAGUACCUUGCUAACCGAAUCUCCUGUAGACACGUUUACAUGCUCGCUUUCGCGCCCGGGCAUUCAGCUGACAAUUAGGCGAGGGGGUCGCUACACGCGGGCUGGUGACCAGCUUUCGUCCCGCCCUCCGCCAUCGCAUAUCUUCCCUAUGGCGUCUUUUCCGCGUUGUCAGUAUGCCGGCCGUGACCUGGAUUUCUGGGCCCAUAUCCGAUGUUUCUCACGCGAUUUCUCUCUUGUCUCCAAAGGAGAACGAACGGCAACUGCGGCAAGAAUUCCGUCCAUGCCUCCAACGGUUCCACCAUCGCCCCACCAUCAGUUUGGUAUAUGUUCUGUGGACGGACACCGGUCAAAGUCUUCUGGCUUCCUGCGUUCUCGUUUUCCUUGCCUUGUGUCUGCGAGUUUGCUCUCAGUCUCGCCCUUUGUCUCUCGAGCUAGAUCUGCCCCGGCUUCCUUUGCUUUUUCUCCUGCCUCGGUGCUCUCUUCUCCCUGCGUACUAUCACUGUCUUCUUCGUCUUCGUGCCCGUCGUUUUCUUCAUUUUCCCGUCCCCACUUGAAUUCUACUCGUUCGCCAACGCGUCCUCCAGUUCACAGGAGGAAAGAAGGCAAGAACGACGAAACUGGAUGUCGUCCGCGAAGCGGGUCACCUGGUCAAUACUUUCUCGAGAUGCCUCCUCGUGUAUUCGGCCUGAACCGUGGUUACCAGGUAGGUGCCCAUUUCUUUCUCUGCUCCGCUCGACGCUCUUUUGCGGCUGCCGCGGGCGGUGGAACUGCAGGCCGCAGUCGAAGCAGCGUAGGUCUUGUUCUCGGGAGCAACGCAAAAUCUCUAGUCGAUAUUCCAGUUCGGCCAAAGCCGAGACGGUUCUUCGAUUUGAAGACGUUCAAGCGGUUCAUUCUACGAUACAAACAGAAAGAAGAAGAAGCUGAAGAUCUUCUUCUCAAGCGAACAUACACCAAACCUCUGCCUGAGGGCUGGACGGUUCUCACAUUUCUGGAGAAGAUCAACAUUGGAGAGAACGCAGAGGAUAUUGCCGCAGCCUUUAGCUCGUGGACAGACCUCGCCAACGCAACCAUAGAUGUGCUCCAAAGUGUCGAAGGGAUGACAAAUCAGCAGCGAAGGUUGAUCGUCAAGCACGUCCGACUCUACAACCAUGGGCUUUGGCCGGAGAACUCAUACGAGGAUUAUAUCGACAAAUUUCAAGCACCACCACUGGAGAAUGAAAACAAGGAAUGGACAGAGGCAGACGACGCUCGACUCCUUGAGCUGGCGGCGCAGUACGACGUUUCGUUCGGAGACCCGUGGUUGUAUAUUUCAUGGGAGAUGCAACGAGACUUUGUCGAUGUCCAGACGCGAUACGAGCAGCUCGUCACAAUUCCGAAGAAUAAGGAGCGACAUUGUGAAGCCGUGCUUACAAAGUGCACGAAGCCGUUAUUCUUCUCGAGGUAUUUCAAACUUCUGCCGUCAAUGCUCUACGUCAUCCCGUCCAAGGCCCAUUUCAACACAGCGCCCGUUCAACCUUUUUAUCUUCCCACCCCGUUUGCAGCGUAUCGACGCAACGAUUGCUUUCGCCAGUUGCAUUCGUCCCCGUCAGUGGAUCCCAACAAGAAAGAAGAUCUUUAAGGGCUAGAGUGGGUGGACGCAUCUUAACAGGCUCCAGAAGAAAGUGACGUUUUUUCUUACACAGUUGUCAAGUAUCUCUGGUCGUUUUUCAUUACAUGGCUUCGCUGCAUAGAACGAUACAGGCCGUCAUUCGAUGGCACGAUAUAGAAGAAGGCAUUCAUUGUAGGUGGAAGACGUCCGCCAACAGAGUGGAGAAGGAACAGCUCUGUAGUCGAUCUUGUGGCUCCUCCAGCAUGUGGUUUCGAGGAUAUAGAUGCCAGAGGUUGGUGAUGGACACUGCAGUAGCAAAGAGAUGGUUCUAUUGAAAAAGGCGUGAUAGUCUGUGGUAGACAUGUCCCUGAUCAGUCCGACUAAUGUAGUGAGCGUUUGCAGGAGACGGUUAUUUGUCCGUGGACAGGUUGAGAGCUUGCGUGAGGUUAGUGUUCACAGAGCUCUUUCGCAUCAAGCGGUAUUGGACCAGCUUCGUGCCUGUUUAGAACUCAUUCUUUCGUUCGCUCCGGG